UCAAACACAGCAGCCAACGCACAUGAGCUGCUGUAGUGUUAACAUAAUGUCUUUCUCAUUGUUGGCUGCUUGUGAUUUAAGUAAUCCAUGCAAUGUACUUUUACACAGUUUUUUAGGCUGGCACGUGGGCUGUAAAUUAUGAGUCAUUAUAAUAAAAACGAUAUCACCACAGCACAGCGUGGCUACAAACGCUACCUGGCUGACCAAAUGGCUGUUCCAGGAAGAACACUUAGACGAUGGAAAAGGAUAAGGAACAAGGAACAAUCAAGUCAAGCAGAAACAACGGGUUCUUUAACACAUGACGAGAUUCGUACUGUAAGCAACAUUGAAGAUGAUGACAGUCUAGAAACUGAUGAAGACGUUGAUGUACCAGAAUCCAGUAAUCUAUCAGAAGAACGGGAACCUGAAAUAACCCCAAAUGAACAGGAGAAUGCAGAUCUUGAGUCAAUUACCACGGAACAGGACAUUGAGAAUCCUGGCAGUGAACCUUUUCAUUCUCUUGAUGAAUCUACACAAGAAAAGUACCUGCAAGAGGAUGACAAAGUGUAUUCGUCUCAACAACAGAAUGGCCUGCUGCUCAUGGCAUUGAAAAUGAAGCACAAGCUUACCAAGGAAGCAGUCUCUGACAUGCUGGACAUUAUUAAUCUAUUGGCUGGUAAAGGCACUGUACCACAAUCUUGGUACCACUUAGAAAAACCGUUUGAAGGUUUAAAAUAUUUUGUAGAAAUACAUUAUGUUUGCAAUUUCUGUGAAUCUUACUUAGGUAAAGAAACGCACUUACUGUGAGAAAGAAUGGAUAGAGCAAAGGAGUCUGAAAGAAGGAAACUUUUUCUUUCAUUUGCCUUUACAUGCACAGAUCAAAGCAUUUUUAGAGGACCCUGAAUUGUCACAAAAGGUAGUAAGAAAUAGACAUGGCUUCCAGUCACAGACAUUCUGUGACAUAACAUUCUUUAUGCCAGCUGGUACACAGAUAGUGACCAGGCAUCCUGCAUUCCUUUUGC